GUCACUGCACCCAAGACAUCUUCUGUGCGCUCUCGAGCUGAUUUCUUAGUCUUGCUGUUGUGACCCUGAGAAGCUCUGAGCAGCAGCUGCUCCUCUAAUCAGUUGACCUGGUAAGAUGAGCCUCCCUUGAACUGUAGUGGGCGUCUGUGCUGGUCGCUUGCCUUACAGUGCGAUGAGAUGAGUCCCUUAAAUAGAUGGGAAGGCAGAGCUAUAAAAGGGUUUUUUUUGUGCCGCUGCCUUUGGUGUGAGCAGCGUUUUGUUGGAUUGCUAAUCUGCGUUCAGAUCCAUGCCGGAGCCAGACAUAGGCAGCCUUGCGGCAAAAACGCUAAAUUAGGACCUUUAAACCACGUUCCGUGGGAAGGGAGAUCUACACAAUUCUGUGCAGGUGGAUAAGAAACCCCUCAGAGCUGGCGCUAAGUUCCCCUUCCGCAGCCCCUGAUCACGGCAUCCUCAGAAUGCGGUAUUACCCCACCCGCCGCACUGCACGCAGCCUGAGAUCAACACGGACUGUACGUUUUCCAAAUGAUAUACUCUUUUUGGACCAUAUUCGUCAGGGCGACCUGGAGCAGGUUGGGAGAUUCAUACGGGCCAGGAAGGUGAAAAUUGAUACAAUUUAUUUAUCAGGUAUGGCUGCGCUGCACGAAGCAGUACUUUCAGGGAAUCUGGAAUGUGUAAAGCUGCUGAUAAAAUAUGGAGCUGACAUAGAGCAAAGAGAUGAGAAUGGAUGGACCCCUUUGCACAUGGCCUGCAGUGACGGGCACCCACACAUUGCCAGGUAUCUCCUCGCUCUUGGAGCACGACAAGAUGUUGUAAACAGCGAAGGGGAAACACCAAGUGAGCUAAUAGACUCAGACUGCGAGGAGUUAGUACAAAUCUUUAAACCAAGAGGUGGUGGAGCAGACAAGGAAUAAACCCCAGGUCAACAUCCAGAGGAGGCCUUUCUAAUGUGCUGCCCCCUAGUGGUGGCGAGGCUUUAAUACAGCGGACUAUCAAGGUUUCCUCUGGAUCUCUUAAAUACAUUAAUCCUUCUCAGAUCCGAAGAGACUCUCUGUGAUCAGCCAAAGUCACAAGGUCUAUAAUGGGUCAAAUGAACUCAGUACGACAUCACGUCUUGAAAUAUCGUUUUUAAAUGUCUGUCGCGCUUUGAAAAAUCAGCAAAUCAACCAAUGGUGUUUGGGGUGGGGUAUUAGUUACAUGACAAGAAUAUGGUUGCCUUCAAA